AUUGUCUGCGUUGUCGGCAUGUGAAUUUAUACAGCGGAUCAUUCCCUAUUCCCGCCAUUUCUGUCUUGCCUGUCUCUCUCGAGCCAUCGCAGCUUUCUUGAGAUUCCUGGCCAAUAUUUAUAUUUCUGCAUUUGUAAUCAAUAAGACGGUGACAAUUUAUUCAAUUUCAUUAUUUCAUCGGAAUUUUGGUGUUUUGAGGUUAAGGACCAGACUGCUCGAGUUUUUUAUCGGUAUAUUCACAUCUUCAGUAGAUAGUAAAUAAACAUAAUGCGUGAGUGUAUCUCAGUCCAUGUCGGCCAAGCCGGAGUUCAGAUUGGCAAUGCUUGUUGGGAGUUGUAUUGUCUCGAGCAUGGCAUACAACCUGAUGGUCUCAUUACAGAAAAGACUGAUAACAAUGGCAGAGGUGAUGAUUCCUUCAGUACCUUCUUCAGCGAGACAUCCAAGGGCAAACAUGUUCCUCGGGCCGUGUUCGUUGACCUCGAACCCACCGUGGUUGAUGAAAUCCGUCAUGGGUUGUACAAGAAGCUGUUCCAUCCUGAACAGAUGAUCACCGGAAAGGAGGAUGCUGCUAACAACUACGCCCGUGGUCACUACACUGUCGGCAAGGAAAUCAUUGACAUUGUCCUCGAUAGGAUCAGGAAGUUGGCUGAUCAGUGCACUGGAUUGCAGGGAUUCCUGAUCUUCCAUAGUUUCGGAGGCGGUACUGGGUCUGGCUUUGCCUCACUGUUGAUGGAACGUCUCUCUGUUGACUACGGAAAGAAGUCUAAGCUUCAAUUCUCUAUCUAUCCUGCUCCUCAGGUUUCGACAGCAGUUGUAGAGCCAUACAAUGCAGUCUUGACCACUCACAACACCCUUGAGCAUUCUGAUUGUGCUUUCAUGGUCGACAACGAAGCCAUCUACGAUAUCUGUCGCACUAAUCUUGACAUCGAGCGUCCCUCUUACACUAAUCUCAAUCGUCUUAUUGGUCAAAUUGUUUCUUCCAUUACGGCGUCUCUGCGAUUCGAUGGCGCCCUCAAUGUUGAUCUAACAGAGUUCCAGACCAACUUGGUGCCAUAUCCUCGGAUCCACUUCCCGCUGGCCACCUAUGCUCCAGUGAUCUCGACAACCAAAGCAAUCCAUGAGCAGCUGAAUGUGGCUGAGAUCACUAAUGCUUGCUUUGAGCCGAAUCAACAGAUGGUGAAGUGUGAUCCCCGCCGUGGUAAAUACAUGGCCUGUUGUCUUCUAUAUAGAGGUGAUGUGGUUCCUAAAGAUGUAAACUCUGCCAUAGCAAUCAUCAAGACAAAGCGGAACAUCCAAUUCGUCGACUGGUGUCCAACUGGCUUCAAGGUCGGUAUCAACUACCAGCCACCCACCGUGGUCCCUGGUGGCGAUCUUGCGAAGGUUCAACGUGCCGUCUGCAUGCUGAGCAACACCACGGCCAUCGCUGAAGCCUGGGCCCGUCUCGACCAUAAGUUCGAUCUGAUGUACGCCAAGCGUGCCUUUGUUCAUUGGUACGUUAGUGAGGGUAUGGAAGAAGGAGAGUUUGCAGAGGCCAGGGAGGAUCUAGCAGCUCUGGAGAAGGAUUAUGAAGAGGUCGGUGUGGAUUCCGGCACAGGAGAGGAGGAAGAAGACGCUGACGAGAUGUAAAUCCAACACACUACAUGCAUCUGCUGGCUUGCAUAGUUGUAAAUGAAAAUUAAUUCAAAUCCAAUUGGUACAUUUCAUUAAAAUGAAAUAAAAGUUCAUUACAUUCAUUGUAAUUUAUAGUUCUUGUCAAGCUUGCCACCGACGAACAAUCUCGUAUGCUAUCAUAAAAAUACAUGUUCAUGACUUGAUCAUGAAUUAUAAAAUAUUAUGGCAAAGUAUUAUAUUGUUAAUAAAAAGUAAACCAAUAUACCAUUGAUGUUUUGCAGUGCUUUGCUAUCUUUGUCAUUGCAAAGAAAUGUCGUAUCUGUUUCAUACUGUUAAAUGUGAAGUCUUUUACGCGAGUUCUGUAUCAUGUUUCCCCUUUUCUUUGCAUUUUAAUUCCUUUUUAACUAAUGCUUAUCAUGCUUAUUGAUGCAAUCACGGAUGAUCGUCUUCUGGAUACAUUACCACAUGACUCCGAACUACAAAGCAGUCAACUGAUAUUUUUAUUUGUUAUUAUGUGUAUGCCAUGUAUGUGUUCUGUAUAAUAUUUCAUACGUUGCGAUUCGAUUUCAUUUACUCGUGGCGAUUGUUUCUGGAAUUUCCGAGUUGGUUUCAGAAUCGGUGGAGUCUAUGAUUAUGUCUUCCAUUAUUUAUUGGUAUUCUUUCGAACAAAGGACUGCUUGCUUCCACUUCACAUCCGUUUUUAAUGUGCUUAACUUUGAAAUGUAAUGGAAAUAAUUUUAUAUUGAAUUGCAGUAUAUAUGUAAAUGGCCCAGCUGUACUACAUGGUUUCAAACAAAAGAUAAUACGUAGUACUCUUCCAAGCAUAGGUGUAAGGUAAAUAGUAAGUAUUAUUAAAUUAUAAUGUUAUCCAUAUGAAACAUAAUUCCAAAGUCUUAAAAAGAGUAGAAUAACUAAUAGAGAUAUGAUAAUGUAAUAGUAGUAAUAUAUAUUGUAGAAAUAGUGUGUAGUAGUAGCAUCAUUGGCAUGCAUGAGCAUUAUUUGGUAGAAAAUGUUUGUGACAGUAGAACUUUUACCAUAUACCCUCGAUAACUCGCAACGUAGAACAAUGCGGUCAUGAUGGUGGUGGUUACGAAGGCCGUAUCAGUAUCACAACGAUAUAUUAUUUGUAAUUGAAGUUGUACUAGCACUGGUAGGGGAUAGGCUUCUAUGACAUACUACAUAAUUAUCUUAUUUGCUGCAAUGUCUUUAGGAUAGCAUGGAAAGAUGUUUAUAAAAUGAGUUGUAAUUAAAACAGCAGCAGCACUAUUAGUGGUAGUAGUAGAAGUAGCAGCAGCAGCAGCAGGCAAUAGUAGUAAUAGCAGCAGGAGCAGUAUCGUAUACUAGGAGAAGUAGGAGAAGAAGAAGAGGAGGAGUAGGAGAAGAAGAAAAAGAAAAAGAAGAAGAAGAGGAGGAGGAGGAGGAGAAAGUGGGCAGUUAGCUGUAUGCUUUUUACAUUUAACACUUUCAUAAAUGAAUGGUGCAAUACAAUUGUAAGUAUUAUUUGUAGUUUUGAUUGUGGUAAUACACAAGAAAUAUUAUUAGUAGAGAAAGGAUUAGUAGUACGAGGAGUAUUAGAAGGAGUAGUAGUAGAAGUAGUAGUAGUAGUAGUAGUAGUAUAAGGAGAAGUAGUAGUAAUACCAGUAGUAUUAGUAGUGAAAGCUAGAAGAAGAAAACGAGAGAUAGUGAAAAGACUGUGAAAAAGGGUUAAGAAGAACUAGAAAAAGAAGGGUAGGCGGAGAAGAAGAAGCGUUGAUGUUGGAUCAUUAAUUACUUCUAAAUUAGAUGAGGCUGGUAAAUAUUAUCACCAAUAAUUUCAAUUUAGCAUACAGGAUUUAUAGAUCAUGCAUUUCUCCGAAUUCGGCCAAAUUCAUUUAGUCGCCACCACCACCUCCUUAUUAUUUCUUUUAAAUAUAUGAAAAUGGGCGCGCACCUAACAAUGAUCUCAUUUUCUUUUCUACAUUUUAAUGAGAAUUUGAUAUUGGAGCUCGGUGAUAGGGCCCUUUAAAAUAAUAUACAUGUAUGAUCGUAUUCAGAAUAUUAGGCAUGUUAGUUUGCAUCGUAGCUGAACUAUGCUUUUAAAACUAAAUCAGUAUGUUAGCAUAUAUGAAUUAUAUAUGAACAUAAAGCCUUCCAAAGCCCAAAUUCUUAUUGAACUGAAUGCAAUUAGUUUUUUAUAUUUUCUUUUCUUAUUUGAUCACGAUACUGAAAUGUCAUUCCGUUUAUAAAGUAUUCACUUUGGAUUGCAGCUGUGUGGUUUUAUUGAAUAAACAUGAAUAUUAAGCUA